UGUUUUAACCAUGCUCACCAAACUCCAGAGUCAUAAUUCAAUCUAAGAGGGCAACUGUUUCAGUUGCUUAACAGAGGUUAAUGGCCACAAUGCAGGAAGUCAUUAAGUUCAGAAUUAGUUCUGUAAACAGAUCAUUAACCAAGAAUUUUCUACCAUAAAAUACCCCCAAAAACCAACACUUAUCCUCACCUAAAUUUAGCGGAUAUUCGUAUAAAUAUCAUUCAUUCAUUAUUCUUUCGAGCGUUCAUUCUACUAAUAACAAUCAACAGAAUGAUUCCUCGAUUCCCCUUCUCAAUUUUAGCCAUUUCAUUGCUUCUAGUUGUUGCUUCCGCAAAUUUAGAUGAGGAGAAUUCUUCAAGUGAAUUUAGUUACAUGGGAUUAAAAGGACCUGACCACUGGGGAGGGUUGAAUAAAUCUUUCUCACCAUGCGCAACGGGGAAGCACCAGUCUCCAGUUAACAUUUUAACCAAACAAACCCACAUCGACACAACUUUGGGACCCUUAGCCAAGAAUUAUAUCUCGGCUGCAAAUGCCACAAUCAUCAAUUUAGGCUUCGUUAUCGGGGUGCAUUAUGAGGAAGAAAUUGGAGAUUUGGUGAUAAAGGGUAAGAAAUACACCUUCAAACAAAUGCACUGGCAUACUCCUGCGGAGCACCAAAUUGAUGGACAAAUAUUUCAUGCGGAGCUCCAUGCAGUCCAUCUGGCAGAUGAUGGCAGUGCUGCAGUUAUUUCAAUCCUUUACAAUUAUGGUAACCCGGAUCCACUUGUCAAUAAGAUAAGUAAAUACUUGUAUGAGCUGGGUGGGUCAAGCAGUCAUAAAGGAGUUAAGAUUCCAAUGGGAAAGUUGGAUACCAGUCACUUGAGGCGAAAGACAAACAAAUUUUACAGAUAUAUGGGUUCUCUUACUACUCCCCCAUGCACUGAAGACGUUGUCUGGACUGUUCUCGCCAGGGCGAGGUCGAUUUCGAAGGAGCAGGUAGAGGCUUUGAGAGCUCCAUUGGCGUCACAUAGCAAGACCAAUGCAAGGCCUUUGCAGCCUCUGAACGGAAGAACAGUUGAACUCUACAAAGUUAAAAAUGGCCAUCAUCGUCAGCACUAGUCAUCAUCUUUAUCAAGUUUAAUUAACAUCUGUUUACUUUAAAUACUAAUUUGAAACAAGAGAUAUGUCACGCUAUUCUUGUUCAGCUUAUGUAUAAUUUAUCUAUAUCCUAAACAUUGAAUUAAA